AAAUGGGAUGAAAGUGUCUCGGCCCGACGUGAGAAUCGGCCGCUACAGGAUGAUCAAGCAUGAGAGAGACAAGCACAAUGAGCCAAACCCCCAGAGGUUCAGUAAGAUCCAGAACACCAAGAACACCAUGAGGAAAGAUGGGAUCAGCUCGCUGAUGUACAGAGUGGUGUCUGUGAAGAAAUAUCCGCUCUACACUAACAUUUCCGUAGAGAUCGGCAAGCCUCCACCCAGACCCCUCAAAGGAUAGAGAGCUUCCGGUACUGGACCGAGGAUACCAUGACCUUCUUAAAGUUCAGCACACAAACACACACACACACACAAACUCUGCCCAGGGUCACCUUCCUAUGAUACAGCAGUGAUAUGCUGAACAGGUUAGUUCUCAGGAAUACAUGGAAGCUUGAUGUGGAUCCAAUGAUGUACUGUAGAUUCAUAUCCUGAUCCAGAUCGAGAUGUGCACAGUGUCUGGAGGGACGGAAAUAUCAUACUCCAAUGGCUGUUUUGUUCAGACCUUGAGGAUCAAUUCAAGCUUUUAGGCUCUUAACGGGAGGAUUGUUCCAUUCUGGUUUUGGUAAGUGACAUUGAUCUGCGAAGAACAGCCUGGUCACUUGAUGUAAAUCAGUCAGAACAUACUGUACAUUUCAAAAGCGAAUGUGUCUUUGUUCCUGCGAUGCUUGCAGUGUUCAAAUCUCUUCUUUCGUAUCUCGGAUGUUGGUUGAUCAUGUGAGGUUGAUUAAUCGGUGCUUGAAGUUGGCUCCUUUGGAUUGUGUCUCUAUCUUGCGCUCUCUUUUAUUUUGUAUGGUCUCUUGGGAUAAAGAUUAAUUUUGUCAACCGUGAAAACACUUCUCAGCAUUUCUGGGAUGAAACCUUUGUUGGGAUGUAUUCAUGGGAACUUGGAGGACAACUAUGUGAUGUGAUUAGACUGGAUCUGGACUAGUCCUACAAGCACAUGACUGUCAGUCAAUAUGGUACAAAUGGAUUGCCGUGUAGAUGCCUGGAGAAACGGCAAGAACUUUUGCUGAGAGAUAGAGGAGCUUCUGUAGACGUUACUGAUGAUCAAACCUCUGUAUCUAUCACCACCUGCUCAAAACUGACUGUGCUACGAGCCACUCUUUCUUUGUUUACUUUCAUUUGCCUCAAAGAUUCAUAUUUAGAUCUGUCAUAUAUCAAGGCUUUUUUAAAAACGUGAAGGAUGAAGUUGGUGGUGGGUGCUUUGAUGCCCAUGUCAUUUAGUUUUAGAGUCUCGCGCCUCUUUUGAUGAUCAUCUUUGGAGGUGUUAUUUAAAUGAUUCUCUGAUAUGUCCUAUAUCAACAAAAAAAAAUUCACCCAGGGUCCAAACUCAAUGUUUUGCCACAACUUCCAAUUCGAGUUAUUUGAGGAAAUUUACAGACCGUAUUGUAAUAAUUUCUUACAGGCCAAUAAUCAAUAUUGGCAUUUUUUUUAUAAGAACAUAUUUUUGUUUAUUAUUAGCUGCCGUUUUUAGCAUAUUUGUAGGAGACACAGUUCACUAAGAAGCUAGUUCAGCCUUAACUGUGCAAUAAAACUGUCAAAAACAUGAAGACCUAUAAUUCUGUUCCUUCAUGUUUUUGUUUUGAUAGCUUAAUGUGAAUAAUAUUC